CGAGUUCUCAAAACCCCAAAUGACCCCCUUUUUUCUUAUUUUUCUUUCUUUAAUCACCCCCACUAUCAUCUUCUUCUAGACAUUUCCGCUCCUACUGCCCCAAAGAUUCAACUUUUUGGAAUAAAACUUGAGCUUUCAUCUUCUCACCGGUAAGUGUAACUCCCUCUUGUCCAUCUCUCUGUUUAGUCCGGAAAUAUUGCCACUUUGCUGGUUUUGCAUUGAUUUUGAUUUAGAUAAGUAUUGGUCUGGGAGUGAGUGUGAGUGAUUGUGUGGUGUAAGAGAGAGGAUUAUAGAUGGGGAAAUCAGGGGGUAGAAGAAAGAAGGGUGGUGGUUCAAACGCAAGCUCAAACCCAAAUUCAAACCAAGCCUCUGUUGAUAGUUCAGCGGCACCACCACCACCACCAGUGGCUAAUGGAGGAGUGGAGUUGGAUUCUUCAAUUUUUUUGAAGAGAGCGCAUGAGCUGAAAGAGGAAGGGAAUAAGCGAUUUCAGAACAAGGAUUAUGCUGGCGCCCUUGAGCAGUAUGAUAAUGCUCUUAGACUCACCCCAAAAUCCCACCCAGACAGAGCCGUUUUCCAUAGCAAUAGAGCAGCUUGUUUAAUGCAGAUGAAGCCCAUAGAUUAUGAAACUGUUAUUGCUGAGUGCACCAUGGCCCUUCAGGUCCAGCCUCGAUUUGUCCGGGCACUCCUUCGAAGGGCCCGGGCUUUUGAGGCUGUAGGCAAGUAUGAAAUGGCUGUGCUAGAUGUACAGACCUUGCUGGGAGCUGACCCUAAUCACAGGGAUGCUUUGGAGAUUGCUCAGAGGUUGAAGACUGCAUUGGGGCCUCGACAGGAGGCCCAGCAGGACCUCCACAGUCGCCCCUCCCCUGCUGCCCUUGGUGCUUCUGCUGUCCGUGGUGCCCCUAUUGCUGGUCUAGGGCCAUGUUUGCCAGCCCGGCCAGUGCAAAAGAAGGCUGCAAAUUCAGCAGGUGCAUCAGUUGUGUCGCCUAACAACAAGCUAGACCGGCCACAAGCUGUUUCACCAUCUGAAAAUGGUCCUGAUGGCAAGUUCCAGUUUCCAAAAGUUGUGUUGAAGUCUUCAAAUGGUCCCACGAAGCUUCCUAAUAUGAAAAAUGAAAACCAAAAGGAACACUCGUCUCAUUUGUCCACUAUUAAUGGGCAGUGUCUGGAGGUCAGAGUUCGGUGGAGACCAUUGAAGCUUGUUUAUGACCAUGACAUUAGACUUUCCCAGAUGCCAGUGAAUUGCAGUUUUAGGGUUCUAAGAGAUAUAGUGAGCAAAAGGUUUCCUUCAUCAAGUUCAGUUCUGAUCAAGUACAAGGAUAAUGAUGGUGAUCUGGUUACUAUAACCUCUACUGAUGAACUUAGAUUGGCAGAGUCUAGUGCUGAUAGCCAUCUUCUGAAAGAACCUGAAGCAGAUAAAAGUGAUUCCGUAGGGAUGCUGAGACUACAUAUUGUUGAAGUUAGUCCUGAGCAAGAGCCUCUUCUGCUGGAAGAAGAGGAAGAGAAACCUGUUGAGAAUGAGGAGAUCAAGGUAGAUGAGAGUGGGUCUCAUUCAUCUCCGAGUGAAUCUGCCCAUGAAGUUCCUGAUACUGAGGUUGAUAAGACAGGGAAGGAGGCUCCAAAACAAAAAUCCGGAACCACAGAAGAUGCUGAAAGCAAAGAAGUGGAGAUGGAUGACUGGUUGUUUGAGUUUGCUCAACUUUUCCGCUCACAUGUUGGUAUUGAUCCAGAUGCUCAUAUUGAUUUGCAUGAGCUUGGAAUGGAACUCUGUUCAGAGGCACUUGAGGAAACAGUAACCAGUGAAGAGGCCCAGGAACUCUUUGACAAGGCUGCUUCAAAGUUCCAGGAGGUGGCCGCAUUGGCGUUCUUCAACUGGGGAAAUGUUCACAUGUGUGCAGCUAGAAAGCGGAUCCCAUUAGACGAGUCUGCCGGGAAGGACGUGGUAGCAGAACAGCUUCAAGUGGCUUAUGACUGGGUCAAGGAAAAGUAUUCUUUGGCAAGAGAUAAGUACAAUGAAGCACUCUUGAUUAAACCAGACUUCUAUGAGGGACUUUUGGCUCUUGGGCAGCAACAAUUUGAAAUGGCUAAACUUCAUUGGUCUUUUGCUCUGGCUAAGAAAAUAGAUUUAUCAAGCUGGGAUCCAACAGAGACGCUUGAACUUUUCGACAGUGCAGAGACCAAGAUGAAAUCUGCAACUGAUAUGUGGGAGAAGCUGGAGGAACAGAAAGCAAAUGAGCAAAAGGACCCCAAUUCGACAAAGAAAGAUGAUUUGUUGAGAAGAAGAAAGAAACAAGGUGGAGGGGCUGCUGAAGCUGAGUCCUCCGGUGUUGGUGGUCCGGGUGAUAUAUCUCCAGAAGAAGCUGCUGAGCAAGCAGCCGUCAUGAGAUCCCAGAUUCACCUCUUCUGGGGUAAUAUGCUUUUCGAAAGAUCCCAAGUUGAAUGCAAAUUAGAGAUGAGUGGUUGGAAGGAAAAACUGGAAGCUGCCACUGAACGCUUUAAGCUUGCUGGAGCUUCUGAAGCGGACAUUUCAAUGGUUCUAAAGAAUCACUGCUCAAAUGGAGAUGCAAAAGAAGGAGAUGAUAAAAAGAUUGACAAUCCGCAACCCAGUAAGACUGCUGAAGUAGAGAACAAUAAGUGAUAUGGCUUUGAAACCCCAUUCACAUCUUGUUCAGUGGAGCCUCCAAUGAAGACUCUGCACAAAGAAUACCCUUUUCCUUGUGUGCUCAAACGGGAUAUCUGAAUUCUUUUUUACAUAGAAAUUCAAAACUUAGGGUGCCUUAACUAGGUAGUUUGGGUUUGCCAUUUUUCAUCUUGUUUUCUCUGAAUUUAUCAGUGAUAUGAUGAAGGGAGAUUAUUUUUGAACAUUAUUUACACAUUUAUGAUGAGUUCUACUAAUGAGUUUCACUUAUCA